AAAUGUCUAAAGGCCUCCACAACCCAAAAUAUAUCUGAAAGACCCAAGUUAUAAAGAACAAUGCCCAAUGACAACUACACAAAACUCCUACAUUUCUCAUUGAUUUUUCAUUUCUGGUUUUUGUCUAUAUAGGAUGGUGUUGCUUCCUAAAAGAUUUUUAUUGUACUAAUUUCAGUAAAUAGUUGCCACCCUUUGCAGACUGCCUUCUAGGCAAAGAGCAACAUCAGAUUAAUGUUUUGGAUUGGGACAAGCAAUGCAUAAGGCUGGAGUGGAGAACUUUAGGUCUGGAGUCCAAAUCUGGCUUUGCUGGCAUCACAAUAUGGCUGUCCAGGAUUCUCUAAAAGGCCCAUGCUUUCUUUCCGACCGCCACUGCUUCCCAUAUGCUGAUCACUUGGUAGUUUUCCAGCUUUUGCACAAGUUUUUCCCCAUUCUAAAAUGUUGGAAUCCUUCUCCUAGGGCUCCAAGUUACAAUAUGGUGGGUUUUUUGGUCUCAACACAUUCAACCAGUAGAAUGCAGCCCUCAAAAGUUUCUCUGGAACUGAGUUUAAUGCUUCUGCACCCGAGCAUAAGGGCACUCCUCCCCUAGAGAUUCUGGCCCUGAUCUCGUAUGUUUCUGUUUCUAGACUAAGGCGGGACCAUGGACAAAAUGAACUGCCUACUGCUUACGGUCUUCAUUAUCAUAGCUAUAUCCUGCGGUUCUGGCCAUGCACUGAGAUGUUACAAAUGUGAACAAAGUCCCUUCCUGUGUAGGAGCAACAUUACCUGUAGCGAAGAGGAAGAUGUUUGCUUGCAAAUUCGGUUUGUGCAUUUGAGAACCUAUGGCUGCUGGAAAUCGUCGCUGUGCAGCCAUGAGGAUGUUGCCCGGGCCUUUGAUGCUGACAGUUUUAGAUCUCUUUGCUGCCAAAGAGAUUUCUGCAACAAGAGUCCAGACAUCUUGGUCAGUACAGCUCCACUCAGUAUUUCUGCAGUGACUGUGAUUUGGAUGAUGAUGUACCUGUAACAAAUAAAUUAAAGGUAAUGUGUUCUUCAUACAUCUCACUCUCCAUCCCCUUUUGAGCUGGGAUAUCUGUUGCUAAUUGGAGAAAGAACACACUGGAGAAAGAGAUUUGCAUGCCAUUGUAACCCACAUAAAGACGUAAGAAAGGUUUGCUGGAUCAGAUGUCUCGAUAUUGGGAUCAGAAGAACACCUAUCUAGUCUGGCAUUCUCUUGGCUCCCACAAUUGCUAACUGGAUGCCUAUGGAAAGUGCACAGAUGGAACACGAAUGCUUAUGACAGCUCUUUUCCCCCACAUAUGUUCCCCAGUAACUGUUAUCAGGAUACGUUCUGCCUUUGAUACUGCAGGGUAAUAUAUAGACUCUAUAGCUAGUGGCCCACCAGUAUCCCAGCUAUGUUUCUAAUAACAGAAUCAUAGAGUAGUAGAGUUGGAAGGAGCCAAGAAUG